GAUCUUGGCCAAGGAGUGCUAAACAAUGCCUGGCAGGGUUACAAUGCUACUCUGCUUGCAUAUGGACAGACAGGUUCUGGGAAGAGCUAUUCCAUGAUUGGUUGUGGGGCUAACAGAGGCAUCAUCCCUGUUGUCUGUGAGGAGCUCUUUCGAGCUAUUGAAAACAAUCAAGAGAAUAACAGAAGAUACCAGGUAAACUUUAUAGCAUGUAUCAAUACAAUAUAGCAGUGGUUGAGAUAAUCAUAUGUUGCAGUAAUGUAUACAGCAACACCAAGAAAAGAAGAACAAGUCAUUGAAAUUUAUGUAAAAAUUGUUAAUAAUUUAUUGCUGACAUUACCUUUAUGGCAUUCUGAGUUUGCAGUCUGUGAUCUUCUAAAUGUCUAUUUACUACUUAUGCAGCAUCUACCAUGCAUUAAAACAUGUUGUCUUCAUCUCCAUCUACGAAAGGUGUAUUUCAUAACACUGGGCUCCUUUCGGCAGACACAGCUGAUAUAGUAGUCUGAUUGCACAGACGUACAUUUAUGUUUAGGUUGUAUGUGGUCAAUAUUAUUCGGUAAACUGACUGAAAGAUAGCAACACCAACGUGACAGUAAGGUUUCCCUAUUUAACCUGUAAGACCUAGUGCACUAGGUCACUAAUGACACUGCGCACCUCCUACACGACGCAGACCUUUCUGGUGGUCCGACUUUCUAGACGUAUAGUCCAGUUAGCGUUUAUAUGUCAUAUCCUGUGUAUGUUAAUAACACGUUGCACUCAAAAUGUGGCAAAAUAUGCUAUUUUAGAUUAUUGUAUAUAUUUUGCAAUGCUACAAUAAAAUAUAUAUGUUGAAAAAAAAUAUAUGUAAAAGGAUGGACCAAACACUCCAAGUUACCUCAACAUUGGGAGGUAUGGAUUCGGGAAGGCUGGCAGGCCUUCAGAAAUCACAGGCUUGGGAUACUAAAUAUGCAAUAUAAUAUAACCAGUCAGCAGAGAAAACAAAAUAGUCUGUAUUUUGAAUAAUAAUAAUGAUAAUAAUACCAUAUUACAUCUUGUUCUCCUAUUACAGGUAACUUUCAGUAUGCUGGAGAUUUAUAAUGAACAGGUAAUUGACAAUUUCUGAAUGAUAUGAGUAUCAAUCAUUUCUAUUGCAGGCAUAAGCAACCUUUGGCACUGCAGAUGUUUUGGACUACACCUCACAUGAUGCUUUGCCAGCAUUAUGGGUGUAAGAGCACUAUGGGGGAUGUAGUCCACAACAUCUGGAGUGCCGAAGGUUGCCUCUCCCUGUUCUAUUGCAUUGUAGUCCUGCUCAGACGUUAGACAUUGGGUUAGUGAAUUACUAUCACUCUUCUUAUCCUUUACAAUUUGGAAUGGUUAGCUUCCACCUUUCCUCCCAAUGCUGUGAGAAGUGUCUAAAACCAAAACGAGAACCUAAACAAAAACUUACAUCCUAAAUUUUAAAGGGUGUGAAUUUAUGACAUCUUAAUUGUAGCUUUUGAAAAUAAUACUAUUGAAAUACCAGUCUAUCGACUGUCCUGCACAUGCCAAACUUACCUUUCUCCUAUUGUUUCCUCUUCUCUCCCUCUCUCAGAAUCUGUUCUUCUUUUUUCAUAUCUUAUCUAUUUAAAAAAAAAAAAAAAACAUAAGACAAAGUAGGUACUACUUUCUCUUAUGCAUUUUUCCUAUACUUGACCUUCUUUGACCAAAGUAGGAGCUUAACUCCGCUCCAUUUCCUGAGGGCAAAGAAAUUUUCCAACAAUACUCACCAUGAUCUUUAGUUGCUUCAUUCGCCAUUUGAACAUCCUGUCAUUCGCCAUGGGUUGUGGCCAGGGGAGGCAAUAGUUCUCCCCCUUGUCACUUAGGACUCACCGCUUAUGGCUGGGACAUUAGGUUGUCCCCUCGCCCCUUUUGUCACUUAGGGCCCCCACUUGCCGCGGCACAAAUUCCAAACCAAAUAAAAUGCAAACAUUUUGUCCUAACAUGAAUGGACAAACCUUCGACGUUCUGUUAGGGCGAAAUUCUGUGAAGGACAGGACGUUCGUUCGGUGAAUAAAGCAACUACAGAUCACAGGGGAGAAGUGAGUAUUGGGGGAAAAUUUCUUACACCACAGAAAAUGGAGCAGAUUUAAGCUCCUCCUUUGGUCAGAGAAGGUCAAGUGUAGGAAAAAUACAUAAGACUAUGUAGUCUCUACUUUGUCUUAUGUUUUAAAGAAAACUAGAUCAGAUAGGAAGAAAAUAACCGAUUCUGAGAGAGGAAGAGAAAGGAAACAAUAGGAGAAAGGUAAGUUCUGCAUGGCAUGGCCAAUUUAAAGGGACAAUAUAGUCCUCAGAACAACUACAAUAAGCUGUAUAGCAUGUAUAGAAAAGGCAGUUUUUACAUUACAUCCUAGGAAAACCUCUAGUGGGCAAUCCUCAGAUGUCUACUAGAGGUGCUUCCUGGGUAUAUGCUGCACACUAUGCAGCACUGACAUUCAACAUCUCCACACUUUGCAUGGAUACUCCCCAUGAUUCAAUGCAUCUCUAUGAGGAGAUGCUGAUUGGCCAGGGUGGCGUUUGGCCCUGGCCUCGCCCUGCCUCCUUGACAAUCUCAGCCAAUCCAAUGCAUUUCUUAUGGUAAAGGAGAUAGAUCGGGCAGACCCGCACAGCACUGGAAAUAAGGUGGUUUUCCUACCUUUUAAGGAGAGCAAGGGGGGCAAGCCACCUAAAUGGUGAUUUUAACACUAUAGGAUCAGGAAUACACUUUUGUGUCCCUGACCCUAUAGUGUUCCUUAAAUGUAAUUCAAAAUUAAUAUGAAUAGAAAAUGGAGUUCCUGUCAUUUCUCAGAGAAUAGCUUUAAUCCAUGCUUAUUGUCAGUCUUAAUCAGAAGAGUUCAGGGAUGGCAGUUCUUGACUAUUGCAGGGUGUGUAUGCACUCAGUUGAAAACAUUUUUUUAUAUUUUAUAUAGAACAUAUUUUAAAUGUAUGAAAUGUAUAUGCAAAUAAGAGUCACCUGCAAAGGGCUCUGCCCAGACUAGGCAUUAGAUGGUGAUUAUCAGCCUUCCAUUUGUUUUCAGUGAGCGUAUUGAGCAUAUCCCAUAAACCCCCAUAGUUCAUCAAAACUGAACAUCAAAACUGAUAGCAGCCAAGAGGCACUAAAAAGAGAAACUCUAUUACAAUUAAUUAUAUAGCGUUGAUGUAUUCCGCAUUGUUGUACAAAGGGUAAGACAGGACAUCCGUAUUUCGAACAAAGCACAAUUGACAUAUGGCAACAGUAGGUGAAGCUUACAAUCUAAAAUAAAAACCUGAAUUUGCAGCUGCUUCUUCUUCUCGACUGGUAAGCCAACAUCUAGUUUGCGAAAAUAGAAAGUUAUAGAAAUUUUCUAACUCGUGAUUUUGUCCAGGUCACAGAUUUGCUAUGUAAAACCAAAAAGUCUGGUGGUCUGAAAGUGCGAGAAGAUCAGCAUCAAGGAUUUUAUGUUGAUGGUCUAAAACUAGUGCCUUGCGAGAGCUAUGCUCAAAUUGAAAAGUUAAUGGAACAGGGGAAAAAAAUAAGAACCACUGCCUCAACCAGCAUGAAUGCCAGCAGCAGCCGGUCCCACAUGGUCAUCACCAUACACUUCAAACAGGUACAGAAUAUAUUUGACUUUGUUGCAUUCUAACAUACCCCCCCAAAAAUAUUUUAUGAAAAAAAUAAUACUACUAAAAAAUUUACCCUAUAGACCAUCUUCAAUCAUUCUUUUAUUAAUGUAGUGACACUCAUGCCAUCUUCACUAACUGUGGCUCUGAAGAAUCCUUCUAACACUAUUGCUAGGGUUGAGAUUAAGUUUAGGAUUAAGUUUAGGAUAAUGGUUAUGAUUAGGAUGAGGUUUCUGAUUAGGAUUAGCGUUCAAAAUCACCUGAUUUUUGGGGUGAAGCAUGUGACGGAACUGCUGAUAUCGCAGGGGGGAGCAAAGGGCAGGCAUGAAGUUCAAAGGCGUUUGGUUGAGAAGGACAUGUAUACCGCAGACACAUGGUUAGCUCAGCAAUAACCCGGACAUUUUUUUAAUGCGAUGCUUGUGAGUCUAUCGUGCACAAGAGCUCACAUUAUUUAUAUGUAAGAGUUUUUAAAAGUAUGCUAAAUAUUUGCCAAACAGUAUUACACUAUCGAGAUUCCCCUGUUCUCUUGGUGGAGAUCCUUUCAGAGGAAUAUAUCAGUGGGGUUUACCCUCUUUUUUCCAGCAUUCAAACUCAUGGUUCAUGUGAGUUUGAUACCACAGAGCAGGGCCAGAUUAAGAGCCCAUUGGGCAUGAUGCUGACAAUUAUUAUGGGCCUAAUUACAGAAUCUUAUUGACAGAAAACACUAAAACAGUCAUACCUCCCAAACAUCAUGUAUCUGGUGGAAGUGGUGCUGGAGGGAAACUCAUAGGAUAUAGCUAUAAAACAACACAAACCCUAUGCUAAUCUCUGGCUUUCAUCUUUCAAGUAAAUCCAUACCUCCUAACAGCAGUGUCUGGAGAAGCAGAAUGUCGGUGGGCAAAGUAAAAGGCUGGGCCACUGAUGCGAAUCACUUAACCAGAACAUGCCCAAAAAGGAUCCAAGUCUGCCCGAAGAAUUAGAAGGUCAGCCUGGUGUAAAUGCAUGACAGGCUGCCUGACAAUCGUGCAGACUGGCCAGCAAAAUACAUACCAUGCAAACAGCACCCUGAGCUUGGCAUAAAUGCGCCUAAUGAUGCACUUGCUCCUUGCUUUCUAAGAACUGUCCCCUAGCACUUGCUGGUCCAAUCCUCUCCUAACCGUCUUACUAGGAACCAGAAGCUCAUGUUAUACAGUCUGGGACAGAGGACAGGUUUUUGUAGUAAAUGUAAAAGAAAGGGAACAUGCUACAGUGUUAGAGAGAAUGAAGCAGCACGAGCAUUUGCAUAGUGCGCAAAGUCAUUUUUACCUUAACUAAUUUCUUUGUCAGCCAGGCCACACAGGUUUUGUUCCCCUACACCCCUCUUAAGUCUUCAUACUUAAAGGACCACACCACACCCUAAAAGCACUUCAAAGUGAAGAGACUGAAAAUGUCUUUAAUGAUAAAAGGCAGGACUUUCAACGGCUGCAGUCAUAACAACUGCAGCUUUUGUAAUCUCUUUUAGACUAUACUCCCAAUGAAUACAUGCAUAAAAAUAUGCAUGCAUUUAUUCUUUGGGGGUAUAUCUACUAAACUGUAAAAAAUUUGGUCUGUUUUUUUUUGUGUGGAGUAGUCCUUUAAGCAAGAGCAUGCGAAGAGUUAAAAAAUAAAAUGAUUAUGUGUCUAUGUGUCUGUGUGUGUGUGUUUAUAUGUCACACAUAGCUAAAAUAGCUUGUGUCCUUAAGUACAUUCAUCUGGAAUACUGAACACUGCGUGUGCUUUUCCCCCUAGAUUUUCUUGGAAGAGGAUAUUACCAAACAAUCCAGCAUUAACUUGGUGGAUUUGGCAGGAAGUGAAAGACAGAAGUCUUCUGGUUCAGAAGGAGACCGUCUUCGAGAAGGCACCUGUGUGAACCUCAGUUUGACUACCUUAGGCAAUGUAAUAAGGUACUGUAGUGAAGAACAGUGCAUUACACAGUUGAAGUUCUCUCAUUCAGGGAAAUCAGAAUUGUUAAUUACUCAAAGCAUAUUUGUCCUUUAGUAUAGGGGGACAUAAGCCUAUGUACCAGAGAUAUUUAAACAAAAUGUAUAAUCCAGCACUGAAACCGCACUCAAAUAGCAUGAUGCAAUAUUUAAAAUCACUAAUAAAAUCUUUCCCUUUAUUCACAUUGCCUAAGGUUAAUAGUAAGCAACCUCCACAGCUAAUUUUGGAUAUGUAAUUUUAACUCACCCACAAAACCUAAAGGAUUGCCCUUAUGAUACACUCAGGGCAAGAACAUUGCAGAAAAUGGAGAAAACCUCUUACAUGCUGAAAUAGGAGGCUAACUUGGAUCAAAGAUUUUUUUAAGGAAUGGUAUAGAGCCCUUAGUAUAUUAAGGGAAAUUAUUCAAAUCAUUGGGAAAUGCUUAUAUUGCAUAUAUAUUCCCCAAUCUCCUGGCACAGUGCUGGCGAUGCAAUUCUGCCAUGGGCACGUUAUUGUCCAUAUGUUGGACUUGCCCUUUGGCAUGUCACCACUCGAACCAAAUUCACUUCCAAAUGCAUAGUGUCAGUGGAAACUGGGUGGCCAAAACUCUGGAAUUGUAUUUACUGUUAAUGGUACCCAAGAUAUAAUUGAGGUAUCUACUAUAUGUUUGCACAUUCUACUAAUGGUUCAAUGGUUCAAUUAGGGUUAGCGAGAGCCUGGAGAUCUACUAG